AGCAAUAUUAGAAAAACUAAUCCCCUUAAAGAAAUAUCCACCGAGUUACGUGUGAAAGCAUUUGAAGAAAUUUAUGUAUUUCUGAAUUUCACGGGUGUUUUAAACUAUUGAAUUUUGUGUUUUGUCCAACUUUUUCUUGUGCGAGGACAUAUUAUAUUAUUCCACUCCGGUUAAGUAUAAAUACUGGAAAAUAUUUUUUUUACCCUAAAGAACAGACUUUUUUCAUCUUUUUACAAAAGUGUUCCAAAUUAAAAAUUAAUGGAUUGUCAAGAUAAGACAGAAAAAACCACACACUCGAAAAAACGGUGUUGAGCCUCAUCUAUGCGUCACGUGAUUUAAGCGGAGCCGGAAGUCUCGCAGAAGGAACCCUCUUGGUUUGAAAGUCACUCUGUCUGAGGUUUCUCCUGACUUGCUGCUCGUCCUCACUCCCGGUAAAGUACACACACCUUUGAACGAUUGUUCCUGAAAGCCUUUCACAUUCUUGUCUUGUGGAUCAUUACGUUGAAACAUCCUCUUUCUUCGCCACUGUGACCCUUGGCGCCAGGUUUUGAGAGUUGGUUGCAGAGAUGCAGGUGAAGAGAGUCGUUCUCAACUCACGGCCAGGUAAUAACGGGGUGCCAGAUCCUGAAAACUUCCGCCUGGAAGAGGUGACUGUCUCCCCUGACCUGGAGGAUGGAGAGGUCCUUGUUCGGACCAUUUACCUUUCAGUGGAUCCUUAUAUGAGAUGCCGAAUGAACGAGGACACCGGUGCAGAGUAUCUGACCCCAUGGCAGCUGUCGGAGUGUGUGGACGGCGGGGGAGUCGGCGUGGUCCAGUCCAGCCGCUGCAGCACGUGUGUGGAAGGAGAUGUGGUCACAUCCUUCAACUGGCCUUGGCAGACGCAGGCUGUUUUGAAAGGAAGUGGUUUACAGAAGGUGGAUCCGCAGCUGGUUGACGGUCAGCUGUCGUAUUUCUUGGGUGCAGUUGGCAUAACGGGCCUCACCGCCCUGCUUGGCAUCAGAGAGAAGGGUCACGUGACCAAGGGGGCCAAUCAGACGAUGGUGGUAAGCGGCGCAGCCGGCGCCUGUGGCUCCAUAGCCGGACAGAUUGGCCGGUUGGAUGGGUGUGUGAGGGUGGUUGGAAUCUGUGGGUCUGAGGAGAAGUGUAACGCUUUAGUCAAAGAGCUGGGCUUCUCUGCAGCCAUCAACUAUCGACAGGACGACAUCCCAGCCCGGCUGAAGGAGACCUGUCCCGAUGGCAUCGACGUUUACUUUGACAAUGUGGGAGGCGACAUUAGUGACACCGUCAUAGCACAGAUGAACAACAAUAGCCAUGUGAUCCUCUGUGGGCAAAUCUCGCAGUACAAUAAGGACGUGCCGUAUCCCCCACCGCUGAGCGAGGAGACGCAGGAAAACCUGCGCAGGAAGAACAUCACCCGGGAGCGAUUCAUGGUGCUCAGCUAUAUGAGCAAAGCCGACGCCGCCCUCUACGAGCUCAGCCAGUGGGUCAGAUCAAAAAAAAUCAAGGUCCUGGAAACUGUGGUGAACGGUAUAGAAAACAUGGGAGUUGCAUUUUGCUCUAUGAUGAAAGGGGGAAACACCGGCAAGCAAAUCAUAAAGAUAUCGUGAUGGAGACAGAAGAGACUGUGCCGUUACCACAAAGCCUUCUGAAAGUUCAUCAAUGAUUAAUACUCAAGAAUGAAGCACUUUGAACUCAUUAGCUCAUGUUGUUUGAUCCCAAUAACUUAUGACUGAAAAACAUUUGAAAGGUGCUUUGUUGUAAGGUGGCUUUUAAAUAAUGAAUCUGCCUCGAAGUUUAACAGUAACACAUUAAAGUAAUUGUAAAGUAUAGUACUGCAUCAGGCCUCAUGGCAUUAUCCUGAAUGAAUUUCUUUGUUUAUGACUGAGUAUAAAAUUAUACAUAUUUUGUAUUUGAGUCCCAAAUUAAAAAAACAAAAAAAACAAACUUUCUGCCUGG